AUAAAAAUGAUGGUACUAAACAUAGGCACGCCAUUUGGAAAAUGUUAGAUUUGUUAAAAGGUCGUGGACACCGGGUGUACGCCUCUCAAGAUGCACUCAUUUACUUGUUUAAUACGAUUCGAAUAGCAGGGCUUAGUCCACCAAGGCAAUACGGUCUAUUUAUUGUUGUGCUCGCGCCAUUUAUCUUUAACAUUGGUUGGAUACGUUAUAGAAGUAUCCUAUCUGUUAUGGAGAUUCUAAAUAGUGUACAAGCAGCUUUGAAUAUUAUUGGAAUGCCAUUUAAGAGCUUGACAUUGGCGUUGUCUCUGCAACGUUUGCACAGUGUGAAGCCGUUAUUAAAGGAAUUGGACGCGUGUCACGCUGAAUCAAAAGAUGUAGCCAAAAUACGGCGCUGUGCAAUUACAGGCAAUCGUAUUGUAUUCGUUUACAUUAUUUCAUAUAUGCUAUACGGAACUUUGACUGUAGUAUCGGCAGUAUUGAGCGGUCUUGCGCCACUUACACUUUGGAUACCUUAUGUGGAUUGGCAUAGGUCGACUUGGGAAUACUGGUUGCAAUUGAGUUUCGAUGGUCUGACGCUUUACUUUUCACUGCUUCAUCAAGUCAUUAAUGAUUCCUACCCAGCCAUAUAUAUUUAUAUUAUACGCACACAUGUACAACUACUGGCGCGCCGUGUAAGUCGUUUAGGAAAUGUACUGGAUAAAAGUGAGGAUGCAAACUAUCAUGAGCUUCAGGAAUGCAUUAUUAUACACCAGAAAAUAUUAAGAUUACUGCGUAUAGUGCAACCAGUAAUAUCAGUGACAAUGUUUGUUCAGUUCUGCAUAGCCGCAGCCAUCAUGAGCACCACGAUGAUAAACAUAUCGAUUUUCGGUGAUACAAACACCAAGAUAACUUCUUUGAUCUACCUGUUUUGUGUGUUGUUGCAAAUUUGGCCGACCUGUUAUAAUGCUUCCUAUUUGCAAGCGGACUGUAAGAAACUUUCGAUGUCUAUUUUUCACAGCAAUUGGAUGACUCAAGGAAAACGUUUUAACAAGCUGCUAAUCUAUUUUUUGCAACGCUCACAAACUGAAAUGCCAUUGUGGGCCUUAAAAAUGUUUCCUGUAAAUUUGGCUACAAAUGUGUCGAUUGCAAAGUUUUCCUUCAGCCUCUAUACAUUCAUACAACAGAUGGGACUAGGCGCUCAUCUAAAUGAUUGAACAGCUUUAACAUUUUAUAUAGGCAUGCGAUCUACAUAUAAAGUAAACAAGAAAUAACGUUAACUUGGUUGCACCGAAGCUAUAAUACUCUUCUUAUGAAAUUAAAAUUUCCGAUAUGUUUUUGAUUUUUCAGUCCAGUAUCGGUUCCGACAGUUGAGCAGAUUUUUGGAGAGGAAAUGAUUUGUGUAAAGUUUUAGAUUAAUAUCUCAAGAACUGAGGGACUAGUUUGCGUAUACACGAGA